AUGGAUAUAGCGAUUCCAGACAUUAAAAAAAAAUGGACCAAUUUAAGGGACCAAUUCCGUAAAGAAUAUAACAAACGCAAUGAACCAGGUAGAUCCGGUGCUGCGGCGGAUCACAAAUUAACUUCGUGGAUAUAUUACGAAUCGUUACUGUUCUUGUCGGCGAAACAAAUCACACCGAAAACUUUAACCGGAAAUGUGCCUGAACCUCCCAGCCAAGAAACUGAAGAUAUUGCGGAGUCCUCCUAUUUUUCUAAGUAUUCACCUGAAUCAGAGGCACAAACAGUACCGCAGCCUGGACUCUCACCUUUGUCGCAGCCCACACCCGCACCUUUAUUGCAGCCUGGACCUUCAUCUUUGUCGCAGCUAGGAGCUUCGAAUUCAAGCCAAGCAGUAUUCUCCACGUCACAACAACAUACUAGACCACAUACCAAACCUAUUCGUGUACCUAUAACGCAAGCUCAUCGUUUUACAUCCAAUAAACCUGGAAGACUUAUGAAAAAGAGAAAUAUUGAUGUGGACCAAGAGUAUUUAGAGAUCGAAAAAAGAAAACUUCAAUUAUAUGAGUCCAGGUCAGCAGAUAAAUCUGCAGAUGAUCCUGAUCGUAACUUUUUGUUGAGUUUUCUUCCAUACUUAAUUAAAAGAAGUGCCACGAAAUAG